GUCUAUCUGCAGGAGAGCCACGCCAUUGGCCGCCGGGGGCCUCGUAAGGGAGGAGCGAGCGGGAUUCAGACGCGAAUGUUUGGUUUCCAGCUGUCAGUCAUAUAAGUGUAUUCCCGUGGCUCACCUGUGCAAGAAAUGGACGACCAGGGAUGCCCGAGAUGCAAAACCACCAAAUACAGGAAUCCUUCGCUGAAGCUGAUGGUGAACGUGUGCGGCCACACGCUAUGCGAGAACUGUGUGGAGAUGCUGUUUGUGCGCGGCUCGGGUAACUGCGUGCAGUGUGAAACACCCCUGAGGAAGAGCAACUUCCGCGUGCAGCUCUUCGAAGACCCGACCGUGGAUAAGGAGGUGGAGAUUCGCAAGAAGGUGCUGAAGAUAUACAACAAGAGAGAUUUUGACUUCCCGAGCCUGAGGGAGUACAACGACUACCUUGAGCGGGUGGAGGACGUAGUGUCUAACCUGACAAACAACAUUGAUGUGGAGAACACCAAGCUGCAGAUGGAGCAAUACCAGAGGGAGAACAGAGAUCUCAUCCAGAAGAACAAGGUUAAACUGACAAGAGAGCAGGAGGAAGUGGAGGAGCUGCUGCUGCUGGAAAAGCAGGGCAACGAGCAGCGGAGGCUGGAGCUGCUGCAGGAGGAGCAGAGGCAGCUGCAGGCUAAGAGGAAGAACAAGCAGGCUCUGCUGGAUGAGCUGGAGCAUUCUCAACUUCCUGCCACCAUGCUGCUCGCCCAACACAAGGUCCGUGCCGCCAAGCUGGAGACCCAGAUAGAGCAGCAGAAACAGGCCGUCAAACCUACCAGCCUCUUUUCAACGGGAAUCAAUAUGCGCCAGACGGUGUCUCUUCAGCCUCCUCCCAGGAUAGAAGAAGUUCUGUACCAGUACAAGCCUGUCCAUGUUGAGACGUACGGACCCCCAGUACCGGAGCUGGAGCUGCUGAGCAGACUCGGGUAUCUGAACCACGUGCGGGCUGCCAUGCCUCAGGACACAGCUGGAGGAUACACCUCAGCUUUGGCGUGUCAUCGAGCCAUUCAGGAUGCUUUCAGUGGGCUGUUCCCUCUGAAGCGCUGAGCACACGCAGGGCGCAAACAGCGCAACAGCUACUGGUUGGAAACGGGACUCAAUGGACAAUAAAACUACGACCGAGAGGGGAAAAAAGCUGUUGUGGCAGGUGGUGCUAUGAUUGAUUCUUGUUCACUGUAUAGGACUUUUUUAUAUUUUGUGUUAAUUUUAUAUUUAAAUAAAUUACAAUAAACACAAACACUCCUUGACUUUUCUUUUUUAGGAUUUAUUUAAAAAAGUGAAACAACUUUGUAUGACCAAGCUCUGAAUAAUGGUUCCAAUACAUUCCAGUCAAUGAGUGUGGUUUUGAAGUAAUGCUGGCUCAUUAUUUCUUAUGACAGGAGGCAACAUCAACUAUUAUUGAAGUCCAUUAAAACUAAUUUUGUGAAAAAAUAAAAAUAAAAGCGGAAUAACUCAAA